AUGUUGGAGUCAGAGAGGAAGAUGACUUACCCAUUUGGCAGUAAUAAGAAACGUCUGAACGUCGACUCCCCCAGCUUUACCCCAUCCAUAUUGUCGUCGAAUGGAUCAUCGCCCACUUCCCAAUCAGCGACCAUGAAAAAAAUGGCUACGAUUUCGCCCAAGGCUGCGAGCGCAGCUCCCUUUCAACCUAGAAGUAUAUCAUCACGAUCCAACUCCAGCACCCCUACUACUCGCCCGGGUACGAUGACUCCCGAUUGGUCUGUGGCAGAGGUACAAGAGUUUGUGCCUCAGGGCUUUGAUACUGCACAUAUAGGCUCCCUGCAAGGUAACGGGACUGCCGGUGUUCCUAGCACGAGCGCUUUCGACCCAUUUGUGACCGCCCCGAAUCCUCUCUCCGCAGCAAACGCCGUCGGCCCGGUGCAGGCCAAUCCUUUCUCGCAUGACACUGCUGCAGCGCUGAACGGAGCAGCGUUCUUCGCCAACCAGUCUGGAUUCCAGCAGCCAGUCCAAUAUCACAUGUAUGCCCCGAUCGGGCCUCACAGUCAGAAUACGUUGGGCUAUCAGCGAAACGUACACGACCUUUUCCUCCCUAAUGACCUACGGGAGGAAAUGCAGAAGAAGGCGGCAGCCACGCUCCAGACACUACCAAAUACUCAGCUACCGGCUCAGGUUGAUUACUUUCACUCUCUUGUCCCGCUCGAUCUCAACCAUCAGAAGAAUGCUACCAUCUUUGGCUUUCCCAGCUGGGUGUACAAAGCUCAGUCUAGUAAGGACGGGAACUUUUACGCUCUCCGGAGACUCGAGGGUUUCCGGUUGACGAACGAAAAGGCCAUUCGCUCCGUGCAAGCUUGGAAGCGUGUAUGCAACGGUAGUGUCGUGACAGUCCACGAUGCGUUUACUAGCCGAAGCUUUCAGGACAGCUCAUUGAUCUUCGUCACCGACUAUCACCCACUGUCGAAGACGCUGGCUGAGCAGCAUCUCGGCGCCGGAAACCGGUUCCAGGGUCGCCAUAACACACACAUCCCGGAACAGGUUCUCUGGGGUUACAUGACUCAGAUUGCCAAUGCUCUAAAAGCGAUUCAUGCCAGCCAAUUGGCUGCCAGGAUCAUUGACCCAAGCAAGAUCCUCUUGACUGGGCGGAACCGCAUUCGUCUCAACGCCUGCGCCAUCAUGGAUGUGGUCCAAUUCGACACUCAGCGAUCUCUGGCCGAACUCCAGCGGCAAGAUCUGGUCAACUUUGGACAGCUCAUCGUCACUUUGGGCGCCAACCAGCCCAAUGUUAUGCACAACCCUACCAAGGCCAUGGAACACUUCACACGCGCAUACACUGCGCAGCUGAAGAACUCGGUCUUCUGGCUGCUAAACGGGCUCCAGAAAGACCAGGAAAGAAACAUUGACAUUUUUAUCACCGGCAUCUCAUCGACACUGAUGUCGACCUUCGACUCUGCCCUUCACCUAGACGACCAAUUGACCUCCGAUCUGAGUCGCGAACUCGAGAACGGCCGCCUCGUCCGGCUCAUGACGAAGCUGAACUUUGUUAACGAGCGACCCGAGUACGAGCAUGAUCGACAAUGGUCCGAGAACGGCGAGCGGUACUUCUUGAAGAUCUUCCGCGAUUACGUCUUCCACCAGGUGGACGCGCAGGGCGACCCCGUCGUCGACCUGGGCCAUGUGCUCAUGUGCCUGAACAAGCUGGACGCAGGCACGGACGAGAAAAUCACCUUGAUCAGCCGCGACGAGCAGAGUUGCUUCGUGGUCAGCUAUAAGGAGCUGAAGAAAGCUCUGGAAUCGUCCUUCCAGGCGCUGCUGAAGCCUUCGGCUAGUAGGAGGCUGCAUUGA